AUGGCAUUGAAUCAACGUACAUUGAAGAAAUUCUGGGAACAGUGGGAACUCGAAAUCUCAAUUUUGUCAAGCUUGCUCCUACAGAUCAUCCUAAUUCUCUUUGCAAACCUUAGAAAAAGAAGGUCCUCCAAAUGGGUCGCUUUUGUUCUUUGGAUGGCUUAUCUAGCUGCAGAUUGGGUGGCCACAUUCUCUCUAGGCGUCAUCUCAAGCACCCUCAAUGAUCCAGAUCCCCACUAUAACCGGGACAUCCUUGCUUUCUGGACACCUUUCCUUCUUCUUCACUUAGGUGGCCCUGAAACCAUCACAGCUUUCUCUUUGCAAGACAGCCAGCUUUGGUUGCGCCAUCUUCUUUCCCUGAUUUUUCAAGUUAUAGCUGCAGCCUACAUCUUUAUGAGGUCACUGAAUACGCACAGCAAGCUCUUUCGCCCAACUAUGUUUGUGCUUGCUGCGGGUGUUCUCAAGUAUGGGGAAAGGACUUGGUCACUCAAGCAGUCUAGCACCGAUGAUCUCAGAAUCUCGUUGAUCAAGAAACGUGACCCGGGGCCUGACUACGCUGCGGUCAUGGAGGAUUUCUCAUCUGAUCUCAGGACAGGAAACCCAGGGAUGUUAACUGUCCGAAGGGAGAACCAGAGCCAACCUGAGUAUUACAUAGUAAUGAAGGGGUUAGUGAAUAAUAAUUCCAACGCCGACCCAAUAGAACAAAUCCCAGAAGAACUACUACUGUAUGGAGUUUAUCACUUCUUUGAAACCUUCAAACGCCUCUUUGUUGAUCUGAUACUCACCUUUCAAGAUCGCAACUACAGCAGAUCCAUCUUCUGUAAGUGCCAGUCAACUCUAGCUUACAAAAUGAUUGAGACUGAAUUGAGUUACGCUUACGACAUGCUCUACACAAAAGCACUAGUAGCUCAUACUAAACUAGGCCGCAUCUUCCGUGUGUUCAGUUCUUGUUCAACUCUAAUUGGUUUCUGUUUCUUCUUCUCUACUGUUAAGCAAAAUGAUUACAAGGAUAAAGACAUUGUGGUAUCCUACGUGUUACUCAUUGGGGCUUUAUCGAUUGAGUUUGUCACAAUUGGAAUGCUAAUUUUCUCAGAUUGGACUGUUGUUAUGUUACGAAAGUCCAAUUCAAAAUGGCUUGAGAAGCAAGUAUUCCAUGUCCUUUCCACAUUCCGUCGGCUCUUCAGUGAGGAACACCACCGCUGGUCUAAUCAAAUGGGUCAGUACAGUUUGCUGAGCUAUACCGUGGAUCAAAAGCCCAAGCACAAGCACUUAGAAAAUUUUCUAGAUGCCUUGGGGCUAAAGGAAAUGUGGGUUGAGUGCAAGUACAUCAAAUACAGAAAGGUAAGUGAAGAACUGAAGGAUCUAAUCUUCAAAAAUCUUAAGGAUAAAUCGGAAGACCCAAAAAUGAAGGAAGGAGACGAGCGUCUCAAGACUCUCAACACCCGCCAAGGUCAGUGGGCAAUGAAGCUUCCGGAGGACUGUUCAUUGCUACAAUGGAGCAUCGAUGCCGAAUUUGAUGAGAGCCUUCUUAUGUGGCAUCUAGCCACAGAUAUAUGCUAUGAGCUACAGAAAAUUAUGAAUUCGUCAAAAAAAGAAGAAGAUUCAGAUCAGGAAAGCCAAAAAAGAAUGUCUAGUAGAUACAUAUCACGUUAUUUGCUAUAUCUCCUGCUUUCAAGGCCGUCUACAAUGUCUUCCAUAGCAGGGUUAGCUAUUAUUAGACAUGGAGAUACAUGCGAAGAGGUUAAAAGGUUCUUUAAGGAAGAAAGAGUAGUGGCCGGGGAUAUGUCUGAUUCUAUUGAAUCGCUAAUGGCAGUUCAUAUGUAUGUUCGACCGGAGGAAGUGAAGGGAGACAAAAGCAAGUCCAUAUUGUGGGAUGCAGUUAAACUAGCCGGAGAAUUGCAAGAGUUGCCGGAAGAUAAAAGGUGGGAGAUUGCAAGCAACGUGUGGAUUGAGAUGCUGUCUUACGCUGCACGUCACUGCACAGGUAACUACCAUGCUCAGACGUUAUCUGCUGGAGGGGAACUUCUCACUUUUGUGUGGCUUCUUGAGGCACAUCUUGGCAUGGGAGGACACUACCAAAUAAAAUCUGGUGAGUUCACAACUAGCUAUACUGCAGAAAGGUAA